UCUUAACUCUUAUCAUGGAGACCAGUAUGAACCGAUAGCAACAAAAUGCAGCAAGAUGUCGAAGUUUGUGCCAAGCAACCCCCACCCCGACCAACAUUGAUUCUGUGCACGCCACUCGCCCCGUCGCUUUUACAACUUUUUUAAGCGUAACGCGUCUACCGAGCAGCAGGAGACAUCGGCGGGCUCAGUGUAACACCUCCAGAGGAGGGCUGUUCGACACGGGCAUGCCUGACCUAACGACACUGACAAUAAUAGCCGCUGUAAUGUGCUAAUCUAAAAUCAGCUUAUAUUGCUAUGUAUGAAGCGACAGUAUGUGGUUCGUCGUCACGCUACUCGUGCCCUUCUUGGCGUGCGGAUUGGUUGUUGGGGCGUUCGCGCUCGCUUGGGACGUAGCCAGCACAAAACAUAAGAAGCAGGUGCACAGCAUCACAGCCCGCUUCGAAGCCGCGCUACGUGCCGCGGAAUCCACCGGUGGCGGUGCCGCCCCUGCAACCUGCGGCGGCACCGCUGCCGCCGGAAAUCACAGCAGCAGCCCGGGCAACCAUGCAAGCUGUGGCGGAGGCGGCGGUUGCGGUGGUUGCAGCGGCAGUUGUGGCGGAGGCGGUGUCGCGGCCAUGUACGAAUCCUUUACGUUGGGUUGGUUGAACCUUGUCGUACAGCACAUGUGGCUGCCCGUACUGGAAAAGUUCGUGUCCACCAUAGCCGCGGAGAAGCUGCAGAUCGUGCUGAAUGAGGUGUUGCGUAAGAACGGCGGGCGGGCCCCCUGGAAGCUGAUCGAGAGUGUGGCGGUGGAGGAGGUCACAUUCGGUUUGGCGCCGCCGCAGUUCCAGUUCUGUACGGCAAAGUACGAUCCCAGUCGGUCGUACCUGCUUCUGACCAUGAACAUGCGCUUCCACAGCAACGGUUUUCAGGCGGUGCUCAGCCCCCGCAUGCGCCAGAUGCUGGGUCUGCGCCCCUUCAGCGUGCGGCUGGAGGUGACGCAGCUGCGGCUGGCCGGGCAGCUGCACCUGGGGCUGCACCUCACACGGGAGCCGCCGGGCAUCAAGGGGAUCGACUACUCCUUCGCUGCUCCGCCCGAGUUUGACAUCCAAGCUAGUCCGCUGGGCUACAUCCAGCUGCAUGGGGAGCUGCCGGGGCUAGUCGCCAACCUGCGGGGUCUGCUGCAACGAAUCAUCAACCGCCGUCUGGUGGAGCCCAACCGCCGCUUCCUUGACUUGCAGCGCAUCUACAGGAACAAACACCUGCAGCGGGUCGGCGGUCCGGGCGGCUGUCUGCGGGUGUGCGUCAUCGGCGGUCGCAAUCUUCUUCGCAUGCAGCCAGUCGCCGCUAGCAGCACCGCCGCCGCCACCACCACCACUGCUGGCGGUAGCAGCAGCAGCAGCGGCGGCAGCACCAGCAGCAGUACCGCCGCCGCCGCUAGCAACUGCGACCCAUACGUGGAGAUGCGCUUUGGUCGCGAAGUCUUCCGUACACCCAUUGCGCAUAGUAGCGCUGACCCCGUCUUUAACUGGCAGUUUGACAUACGCCUUCCAGCCGAUCUGCCGCCGCCUCCUGCUACAGCCUCCUCCUCCUCCUCCUCCGCCGCCGCUGCUGCUACAGCCACGCCGGGGAUCAGCCGCGAAACGAGCGAACCAUGCAUGCUGCAUUUCCGAGUGCUCAAUGCACGCACGUUUGGCGAACCAGAGGUGUUGAGUACAGCGCAUUUGGACGCGGGCGGGUUGGGUCUGCAGCCCAACGCUGACCCACGGGUCAGGCUUCUAGAGCUCGCAGCGGCAGGGAGCAAUGGCGCACCGCGGGGGACGUUGAGCUUGCAGAUCUCCUGGCUCAAGGCACUACCCAAGAAGCCCAGCCCCUUCCCCCAAGCCACCCCUGGGGCCACUAGAACCGCAGCCACAGCUAGCCCCACACCACCCACCCCCACCAGCAGCAGCACUCCCGACCUCCGCCAGCCGUCAUCGCCCGGCGCCUCGCCCUUCACCACCACCACCGCCAGCAGCGCACCCGCGGGUACCCCACAGCCCGGUGCCUCGCACCCAUGUGCUGCCUCCUCACCGCUGUCCUCCUCCUCUCCCACCUCCUCCUCCCCCCCGGUACGGCACCUCGACCCGGGUAACACCACGAGGAGUGCAGCGGGGUCCCUCCUAGCCGCCGCACAGGCGGUCACCGGCUCCCGUUCCAUGCCAGGCUCCCCGGGAGCGUCACCCCUAUCACACCCACACAACCCAGCCGCAGUCUCAGCCGCAGCCUGUGCCUUAGCCGUGACUCCUACUGCGCACCCGGGGCACCCGCUAGAUCCCAACACACCUCCCCAAGCCAUGCACACGCCUACACACCCCUCCCGACUGGCCAGCCCUGGUCCGCACGCCUCCUCCCCCUUUUCCUUAGCAUCCUCCGUAGCAGCAGCGGGGGCCGCAGCACCAGCACCACCACCACCAGCAGCAGUCCACGCGCCUUCCCAUGGUUCCCGCAAGGUGAUGCUGCGUGUGGGCGGCUGGCCCUUCCUGAGGCCGGGAGGGGGAGCCGCCAGAGCCCGGUCAGUCCGCGCUCUGGCACCCGAGCUUGCCUUGGCUGCUGCUGCUGCUGCUGGCGGCGGUCCCGGACAUGGCCGAGGUGAUGGUGGUGGUGGUGGCGGCGGUGGUGCUAGCAGACCUCCGCGGGAGGUGGAACUGGUGCAGCAACCCGCGGUAGCAGCGGAAGAAGGCGCGGCGGGUCAUGAUGAUGAUGAUGGGGGGUACGGCUACAGCCGUGGUGCCUCUGCGUCGUUCACCGCCGAAGUGCGCACGGCCUCUGUCGUCGUAGCGACGUCAAGCUCCUCAGUUGCCGUUAGUGCGGCCGGCGGCGGCGGCGGUACGGCAGCGGCGACGGCGGCAGCGCAGUCGCUGCGCCGCAGCGGCAGCGGCGCCGACCGGCGGAAGCGCCGACGUGCGAUGUCAGGACUGCUGGCCCUGGUUUGGCGGGUACGACGCAGCGGAGGUGGCGGCAAUGCAGGCGCUGUGGCGGCGUCGGCGUCCCGGCCGGCUGUCGGCGGCGACGGUGGUGGCGGAGACUUCCCGGGUACGACAGCGCGUUAUCCCAUCCAGCCAGAGCCAAGUGGCUCCGAAAGCACCGCCACAACGACCACCACAACGACAAACACAACCAACACGACGAACAUGGGCGCGGUUAUGGUUAUCGAUGCCUCAAGCACACCCGCUUCAGCACCGUCCGCUAGCUACCUGUCGCCCUUCGCACGGCCCAGCCAUGCGGCCAUGGUGGCUGCUGCUGCUGGGCAGGAGGAGGAGGAGGAGCAAGAAGAAGAGCAGGGAGAGGAAGGAGUCGGCGCUGCUGCUGCGCCGGCGGUGGCAGCUGCCGCCGCUGGCGGCGGCAGCGACGUAACGCCUACCGCGCUGCCGAGCGGCGGCACGUCGGGUGCUGCUACCGCCGCCACCGAGAGGGAGUUCGCUCCCACGCCCGGCGGGCACAUCAGGAACGCGUCUCGGGUAUCGGAGGCAUCUACUGCGGCAGGGGCGGCAGGGGCGGCAGGGGAUGCGAGUGGGUUCAGUCGCUCGAGUUCAAGGCUGGCCGGUGUGCUGAUGGUGCGGGGAGCGGCGGCUUCGGCGGCGGCGGUGAUGGGGCCGGCAUAUGGAGAACAUUCGCUGAACAGCAGCUCUGCAGAUUGCAGCUCGCGAGUGCAGCAAUUGCAGCAGCAGCAGCAGCAGCGGAUACCUGGCGAGACCUCAGCGAACGUUGCUGCCAACCCCACAGCCACUACCACCCUCAUCCUCGCAACGGAGACCUCCUUUCCCACGCCCCAUACACUGACGCCGGAAUCCAGCGGGCAGGAGCCCACUGCCUCCUCCUUGCCUUUACCUCAACGCCAGCACGCGCAAGGUCCUGCUGCCGCCGCCACCGCCACCACCGCCGCGGCAGCCACACCCUCCAGUGCCACUCCUUCGCCCAGCCAUGGCGCCAUGCCAGCCACCACUCGCACCCAACCCGGCACCAUUAGCAACAACAGCACCAGCGUAACCAGCACUGUUGGCAACAGCAACAGCAGCGGCACCCUUCAUGGCGGCCUUGGCGGCGUCCUUCCCCUCGCGCGCUCUCCAUCCCGAGCAAGCACACACGCACGGUCUACAUCCUGCGGUGGACCUCCUUCCGUGGUAGCAGCUAGACGCAUGGCGGCAGUGACAGCAGCGACCCAUGGGUCCCCCGCGACCCAUGGGUCACUGCCCACGACGAACGCCGGCAAAAGCGAUGUAAUGACCCAUGGGUCGCAGUGGCCGGCCUCCCUGCAGUCCCUGGCUCAGGUGGUGAAGAUGCAGCGGCUGUUGGAGGUCGAGCGUCAGGCCCGGUCGGAGGCGCAGGAGGCGCUGCUGCGCACGCAGCGCCAGUACGAGGCCCUGGUGCGGCUCAGGCGCUUUGAGAGCAAGCGCGCUCUCAUGGAGGGCGCCCGUUUCCUGCUGCAUCUGGGCCCGCACGUGCGCUGGGUGGUGCUGUGGCUCAACGAGCCCCGCGGCCUGCUGCAUGUGCAUGACCCCGAGGGGGCGGCGUCAGCGGCGGCGGCGGGCCGGGGUGCAGGCGGCGAGGCAGCAGCGGGAGGCGGCGGCGGCGGAGGAGGAGGAGGAGGAGCAGCAGCAGCAGCAGUGGGCGGGGAGCCCUGGCCGCGUGUCUUUGCGCCGCAGGACAUCCAACGAGCGGACCGCGGCUGCGCCUCCUUCCCCAACCCCAGCGCCUGGGCGGGUGUCGUGGCGGCGCUCAUGGGGCGACAGCGGCCCGCGCCGCCCGCCUCGCUGGACCCCCGCAAGUGCUUCUCGCUGAGCCUGGAGGGCGGGCGCAGCUUACACCUGCAGCUGCCGCCGGCCGGCAACGGACGCAGCAGGGACGAGUGGCUGGAUGCGCUGCAGGAUCUAGCGCUGGAGGCCGCUGCGGCCCGAGCCACCGUCGCAGCCGCUGCUAUCGGCCGAGAUGAAGCCAGCGUCGGCAUUUGACGCACACGCCGGAGGGCAGGUUGGCAGCGGUAGUGGCUUGGCGGGUUAGCUCAGCACUUGCGAACGGUUGAACGGCGGGUUAGCGAGCAGACAGCAGCAGAGAGCAGCAGCGAACGACCUCAUCUGCAUGGGAACGUCUUUGAACAGAAUAUGCCACACGGACAGAAGCGCCAUCACACGUGCAAGGAGGGCGAGUGCAUGUAGACGGGCGUGUGGGUGUGGGUAGGAUUAUUAUAUGCUGUGAGGCGGAUGGUGGGUAACCAAGAGCAUGCACCAUCUUGCAUGCAUGCAUGCAUGUGAAGCAUGCAUAUUGCUUGAUGUAGUGCGUGAUACCAGAGAUUCAUGCCGGUGCACUCGUCGUGCGCCGCUGUCAAGCUGUUGGAUGGGUGGUUGAACCUGUGGUUGCUAGACCGGUAGACGCAGCAGUCAAGAAGUACGGUACCUCUGAAGUACUUCUGGGUUGCAUAUGGCGUCGCAUUCGGUUGUGUGAGGGCGCUGAGGUGGUUAAUAUGAUCUUAGGAAUUAGUAAUGCGUUUAGUGAUUUGUGGAUCAGUCGUGCUGUGAUCCAUGCAGUGCAUUGUAGCUUUUUAUUGCAGUAAUUGCGAUGAAAAAGGUGUUCGAGGGGAUUUUAGGAGAGGAACACUAAACUGAACGAGGCAGGCCAGGCAUGCUAAUACAUGCAUGUUACCCGUAAGCAAGGGGCCUUUGUCAUGGAUGGACGUUCUGAGAGCGCAUAGGCCCUAGGUGGAGCAAGACAACUAGACGAGG